AUGGGCACCUAUGAGGUCUUGUUCAACGUAGCAGCCUUUCUGGCCGGCCUCUCCCUCUUCAAGCUCUUCGUGUCGAGCGCCACUAUGCUGGCCAAACGGCUGCACAUCCCUGAGAUGCUCGUCGCUAUCCUGAUCGCAGGCGCAGAGUGGGAGGAGCUGACCGUCGUGGCCCUCAGCCUGGCCCAGCGCCGGCCCGCGCUCGCGGUGGGUAACACCAUCGGCAGCUGCGUGGCCAACAUAUUUGGUGCCUUCGCCCUCGGCCUAGUCUUCUCCACGGGCGCCUGGGAAGGCUUUGACCGGAGCUCCAAGACUGCCUGCGUGGCCCUACUGGCCCUCACGAGCGUCGUGUCCCUGUUCUCACUGGCAGAUAUCCUCUGGAACCGCGUCGUGGCCGGGCUGCUGCUUGUGGCCUUUGUCGCGUACAUGGUGCUGCACGGAGCCUCCUCCUUCUCCUCCUCCUCCAAGCUCAGAAAAUUCCACCACACUCUCAUCCCGAUCCUCAAGCUCGUGUGUGGCUUCGUGGUCCUGACGGUCAGCGGCUUUAUCCUGUCGCACAUUCCCACACACCUCGCCGCCUCAUUCGACAUGUCGGAUGCAGCCUUUGGCGCCACCGUCUUGUCCCUCGCCACGUCGCUGCCCGAGAAGUUCCUCGCGGUGAUGAGCAGCACCCGGGGCCACACGGGCUUGCUCAUCGCCGACGCCGUGGGGAGCAACGUGUUCCUGCUGACUUUGUGCCUCGGCAUCGCCGCCUGGAGCUUUGUGAGUGUCUCGCGCAUUGAGGCCUGUUGGCUGUGGGCUGCGGCUGUCGCCUUGACAGUCGUCGUUGCUAUUGGAGGGAAAGCCAUUUGCAAGGUUGCCGGCGUGCGGCAAAUGCUGGGCGCCUUGAUGUUAGUCGCAUAUGGGGGCUUUUUGGAAGUCGAGUUCACGAUAUUGCAAGGCUGA